UACUCUUCAACAUUAAACUCUCGUGAAGAUUGGAUUAUGUUGGUCUUAACUCAGACGACCCUUAGUGUAGUUGAGUGAAGUUACCAAACGAAAAUUUAAUUAGGUACACAUUUAUAAAUUUAGAGAAUCAAUUACCAAUUUUUUUUUUUUUAAUAUUCAAAGAUUAGUUACGAGAAAUUAGAGUAAACUAUAUCAUAAACAAACGGAUAAAUACAAAGGCUUUUUGUUAUCCUGUUCCUUGUCUUCCCAGAAACUGAAAACAAUAAUGAUGGAUCACGAGACAGAAAAGAACAAAAACACUUUUUGAAGAAGGCAUGUUUCAGUGUCUUGUAAUAAUAUCAUCAGAGUAAAAACAAAACCACGUUCAACUCUAAAGCAGAGCUCCAAAAAAAAUGUCUUCUCUUCUCAUCCUCAUCUUCAUUGUCUCAACCAUAACAUUCAGUAGUAGUUAUUCUUCAGUGGCUACAACUCUACCUGGCACUGUCCAUCGUAAGGACAACAAGAUCUUCUCGGUUUCAGGUGAGCUUGAUUGCACCAGAUUCAGACAGGAGACAAAAGGUCAUCACAGAGAAUUUCAGGUUUUGUGUCCUUUCUCUGAGGUGAGAUGUGCAAAGACUAGACGGAUUCUGAAACAUAUUAGGCAAGCAAGAAGAAGAGAUCAUCGACACAAACAGAAGAGAUCACCAAGACACCUGCAAAACAAAGCAAAGUCAAACAAAAACCCAAAAGACAAGAAGUUAUUUUUCCCACCUCCAUUGUUUUUUCCUCCAAACCCGUUUGCGCCACCUUCGAUUUUUCCUCCAAACCCGUUUGCUCCACCUUCGAUUUUUCCUCCAAACCCGUUUGCACCGCCACCUUCGAUUUUCCCCCCAAACCCGUUUGCACCACCACCUUCGAUUUUCCCACCUAAUCCAUUUCGGCCACCACCACCUUCGAUUUUCCCACCCAAUCCGUUUCAGCCACGGCCACCGCCACCUUCUAUUUUCCCUCCAAACCCGUUUCAGCCUCCUCGUGCUCCACCUCCAUCAAUAUUUCCUCCAAUAUUUCCUCAGCCUCCUCCUGCUCCUCCACCAUCAAUAUUCCCUCCAAACCCAUUUCAGCCUCGUCCUCCUCCACCUCCUCCCACUCCUCCAUCAAUAUUCCCUCCAAACCCGUUUCAGCCUCGACCUCUUCAGCCUCCUCCCGCUCCUCCAUCAAUAUUCCCCCCAAAUCCAUUUCAGCCUCGACCUCCUCAGCCUCCUCCCCCUCCUCCAUCAUUAUUCCCUCCAAUAUUUCCUCAGCCUCCUCCAGCUCCAGCUCUUCCUCCUCCAUCAAUAUUCCCUCCAAAUCCAUUUCAGCCUCGUCCUCCUCUUCCCUCUCCCCCUCCGCCAUGGUCUCUCUUUCCUCCACUGCCACCAAUCUUUCCAGGCUUCAAUCCACCACCGCCACCUCCUCCUCCCCCUCCUCCACCCCCAUCGAUCUUUCCAUUUCCUCCAUUCCCAUUCUUCCCACCACCACGCAACCCUGGCCCUCCUCCUGGUUCAUCUUCUUCAGCAAACAAGCAGCCUCCUUAAUUGAACAAGAGUAUCAUAAUAUAUACACCAAACAUUUACAUAUCUGUUGAGAGAUAAACUAUCUGUUGUAUAUGAUAGUCAUAUUUACAUAAGGGUAAAGAAUAAAUAUGAGUUUUUAACUUCUACAGAAUAUUGCAUCUGUU